AUGAGCACUGUUCCGUUCAACAUUAAGAAGAUCGCCGUCAUCGGCGCGGGGCCGACGGGCCUUGCUGCCGCGAGAUACCUCACGGCGCAAGGGACCUUUGACUCCAUCGUCGUCUUCGAGCAGCAGGCCGAAGUGGGCGGUGUCUGGAACUACAGCGAACACCCGACCACGUCUCGCCAUGUCCCCCAGACAGAUCCCUUCUGCCCUCAGGACCCUCCACUCCGGCCCAGACCCGGGGCGCCACCCGUGUUCCCCACCCCGAUGUACGGAACGUUGCACGCCAACACCAUCAAGACGACGAUGAAUUACAAAGACACGCCGUUCCCGGAUGACGCCUGGAUCUUUCCAUCGCGGCAGUCCAUUUACGAGUACCUGGUCGCGUACGCCAAGGAUGUCCGCCAUCUCAUCAGGUUCUCUCACCAGGUCACGGCGCUCAAUCUCCGGCAGGAGAAUGGCAAAGACAGGUGGGACCUCGCAGCCGCUUGCACCAUCAGCGGUCGCAGGUUCAGUGACACGUAUGACGCCGUGGUCAUUGCCAACGGACACUACGAUAUUCCCUUUAUUCCAGACGUCAAGGGCAUCCAGGCCUUCCACGAGGCCCAUCCUUCAGCUAUACUACACUCCAAAAACUACCGCGUCCCCGAGCCCUUUUCAGGCCAAAAGGUGAUUGUUAUCGGCAACGGGCCGUCGGGCCUGGACAUAGCCCGCCAACUCAGUCCAGUCUCAGACAGGGUGUAUCUGUCUGUACGACAUCCGACUCCACCGGACAAGGUCCAUCACAUCGGGGUGACGGAGGUUCCUGAGAUUGUGGAGUUCCUGCCAGAGAAAAGGGCGGUUGUCUACAAGGAUGGAACAGUCGCAGAGGACGUCGACGCCGUCAUCUAUUGCACAGGCUUCUUUUUCAGCUUUCCGUUCCUGCCGGAGCUCCUCAAACCCAAUCUCUUGACAACCGGUAAAGGCGUCAGGGGUCUGUACCAGCACUUGUUCCUCAUCAAACACCCCACUCUUGCCUUUGCCGGGCUGCUGGUCAAGACGGUGCCCUGGCCCGUGGCAGAGAACCAGGCCGCGAUCCUGGGUGCGGUGUGGUCUAACGGACUGAAGCUGCCGCCCGUUGAAGAGCAGGAGAGAUGGGAGCUGGACUUGUUCAAGAGGCGCGGCGACAAGAACAUUCACGUGCUGCUCGAUGAUGGAGACGAUGGUCGCCACCUCAACAUGUUGCACGAUUGGGUGGCGGAGUCGACGCAGAAAGGCAAAGAACCGCCAUACUGGCAUGACGAGCAGUUCUGGGAGCGCGGCAUCUACUGGCCGAGCAAACAAGAGUUUGAGAAGCGUGGAGGAAACGCGACGACUCUACGGGAACUUGGCUUCGUGUACCCCGGCAUAGGGAAAUGGAGGCACCUUGCGCCUAAGAUUUAG